AUGUUCCUGAAUAAGUGCGAGGGGGAGCUGGGUGAGCUGCGGAAGCCAGGGGACGGCGAGGGGACGCCGCCGGCCGCCGCCGAGGAGGAGCAGCCCAAGAAGAAGCACCGGCGGAACCGCACCACCUUCACCACGUACCAGCUGCACGAGCUGGAGCGCGCCUUCGAGAAGUCCCACUACCCCGACGUGUACAGCCGCGAGGAGCUGGCCAUGAAGGUCAACCUGCCGGAGGUCCGCGUGCAGGUCUGGUUCCAGAACCGACGAGCCAAGUGGAGGAGGCAGGAGAAGAUGGAGGCCAGUUCCAUGAAACUCCAUGACACGCCUGUGCUCUCCUUCAACCGACCCCCCAUGACCCCCAACGUGGGGCCCAUAAGCAACUCCCUCCCACUCGACCCAUGGCUGACAUCCCCCAUCUCCAGCGCCACCACGGUCCACAGCAUCCCCGGCUUCAUGGGAGCCCCCCAGGCCCUGCAGCCCCCCUAUGCUGGGCACUCCUUCCUCAACACGCCCCCGCCGAUGGCGCAGGGCAUGCAGCCCAUGGCCCCCGCACCCUACCAGUGCGGCACCCCCUUUGUGGACAAGUACCCGCUGGAGGAAGUGGACCAGAGGAGCUCCAGCAUCGCCUCGCUCCGCAUGAAAGCCAAGGAGCACAUUCAGACCAUUGACAAGACCUGGCAGCCCAUUUGAUGAACGCUGCCCUCCGAGCUCCUGGCCGCCGUUCCUGCCCCUGGUGCUGGCUCGGCCCCACGGUGGGUGAGGGACGACAGUGGGUGCUCAGCAGGACCAAAGCUGGCACCGGGCAGGGAUGCCAGCUGCAUCUUCCCCACGCUGACCCAGCACUGGUGGUGUCAGGAGAGAGAGUCAGGUGCUGGCAGGACUCCACGGCAGGGGGGAAGCAAUCCAGGAGAGCCCCUUUGCCUCUCUGAGGCACCAAGAUCAGCUGAGGACCUGGCUGAAGCUCUGGCAUCCUACUGUGCCACUGGGCCACCCACCACACCCCAGCUGGACACCUCC